AUGACGGCGGCCGAGUCUGCACCGGCUCUUCCCGACUAUGUGUUGGAUCCCGAUGCCGUGCUGAAGGACAAAGUUUCCUGGCGCUACGGAAGGGCCCCUGAUUAUUCAAAGACGAGAAAGGUGUACGAAGAAGGGAAAACCCGCAACCACGAACCGCGCAGCCUCCCCGACCUCGUCGAAAACCUGGUGAAGAACUGGGAGAUCGAAGCGUCGUUCAAGACCAAGCUGGAGGAGUGGCGUACGGUGGACGGUAGCUGCUACAGGUUCUCGCUGAACGGCGGGCCGGCGCAGGAUGGGAACCACAUGUUGCGGGUGGGCACGUACAAUGCGCUCAUACCGUCGAAUCAGUAUUACGACCCUGAGCGGCUGGACUUUGCGACGAGCCACAAGGCGUUCAAGCGGAUGAUGCCGACGUUUGCGUGGGAGGUGCUGGAGGUAUACAGCGGGCCGCCGACGGUGACGUUUAAAUGGAGGCACUGGGGACAGAUGGCCAAUGAUUAUGUGGGAAUGAACGACAAGGGCGACAAGGUCACGGUCAAGGCGCACGGCGGGAUGAUCGACAUCCAGGGGAUGCUCAUCGCCAGGGUCAACGACAAGCUCCAGAUCGAGUCGAUCGAGGUCUGGUUUGACCCGCUGGAGAUGUUCCGGCAGAUCGCGAAGCACAGCGACGCGGUGAUCACCAGUCCGAUGGCGGAAGGGGGAGAGCAGGGGGAGAGCGAGAUGCGGUGUCCAGUGGCACAUUGA